UUAGUGAUUCUAGGAUUUGCAUGAAUCAAGAUUGCAGAAAAUGGUCUAUAAUUUUGAUGAAUUACUGAUGUUUUUCCUGUCCAAUUUCUCUCAUCAGUGUUGCUAGUAACAAUCCUUGUAGUGGAAGGGAUUGCCGUUGCACAGAAGACACAAGGUGGGCAAAACAUUGGAGUGAAUCGUUUUCCUCCUACCCAGUGUGACAACUGGGUACGGACAAGUAAUGGAGGACACUUUGCUUCACCCAACUACCCUAACAUGUACCCACCAAAUCAAGAGUGCAUCUAUAUCUUAGAAGCUGCUCCACGACAGAGAAUUGAGCUGACCUUUGAUGAACCUUAUUACAUAGAACCCUCAUUUGAAUGUCGGUUUGAUCAUCUGGAGGUUCGAGAUGGACCUUUUGGUUUCUCCCCUCUCAUUAAUCGUUACUGUGGUCUCAAAAGUCCUGCGCUAAUUAGAUCAACAGGGAGAUUCAUGUGGAUCAAGUUUACUUCUGACGAGGAGCUGGAAGGAAAGGGAUUUCAAGCAAAGUACUCAUUUAUACCAGAUCCUGACUUCACUUACCUAGGAGAAAAAUAUAUGUUCUCCCUAGACUGCCAAUUUGAGCUCUCGGGAGCCGAUGGAAUAGUACGUUCCAGUCAAGUAGAACAAGAAGGAAAAACAAAACCGGGACAAGCAGUUGACUGCAUAUGGACAAUUAAAGCUACUCCAAAUGCUAAGAUCUAUUUGCGAUUUCUCGACUAUCAAAUGGAACAUUCAAAUGAAUGCAAAAGAAACUUUGUUGCUGUGUACGAUGGAAGCAGUUCUAUUGAAAACCUGAAGGCAAAGUUUUGCAGCACGGUAGCAAACGAUGUCACACUGCAGACGGGGACGGGUGUGGUGCGGAUGUGGGCAGAUGAAGGCAGCAGACUAAGCCGAUUCAGAAUGCUCUUCACUUCAUUUGUGGAUCCUCCCUGCUCAGGCAACACUUACUUCUGCCAUAGCAACAUGUGCAUCAAUAAUUCUUUAGUCUGCAAUGGCAUUCAGAAUUGUGCAUACCCUUGGGAUGAAAAUCACUGCAGAGAAAAGAAAAAAGCUGGACUGUUUGAACAAAUCACCAAAACUCAUGGAACAAUCAUUGGCAUCACAUCAGGGAUAGUUUUAGUUCUUCUCAUCAUUUCAAUUCUAGUACAAGUAAAGCAACCUCGCAAAAAGGUUAUGGCUUGCAAGACUGCUUUCAAUAAAACUGGUUUCCAGGAAGUAUUUGAUCCUCCACAUUAUGAACUAUUUUCACUAAGGGACAAAGAAAUUUCUGCAGAUCUGGCAGAUUUAUCAGAAGAACUUGAAAACUACCAGAAGAUGAGACGCCCUUCAACAGCUUCCAGAUGCAUUCAUGACCACCACUGUGGCUCCCAGGCCUCUAAUAUAAAACAAAGCAGGACAAACCUCAGCUCCAUGGAGCUUCCCUUUCGCAAUGAUUUUGCGCAGCCUCAGCCAAUGAAAACAUUUAAUAGCACAUUCAAGAAAAGUAGUUACACUUUCAAACAAGGGCAUGACUGCCCUGAGCAAGUCAUAGAAGACAGGGUGAUGGAGGAGAUUCCGUGUGAAAUCUAUGUUAGAGGAAGAGAAGAUACAGCACAAGGUUCAUUAUCAAUUGACUUUUAAUUUCCUAGUGAAAGUGGUAUCAGUGUAUAUACAAGAUGCUCGUGUAUAAUGACAGUGUAUAUAUUAAAAGUGUACUAUAUGCAGCGUGUGAGAUGCACACACUUUUAGCUUAUUAUACUUCAUUUUAAAAAAAAAGAAAGUCUUCAUAACUAAUUCUUGCUGAAAAACGGUGGAUUUCCUCCGAUCUUUCCAAGCUACCUAUCUAGUGGAGCAGUAAGACAGAGACUUUGCAUGGAAAUUAGAAGUUAAGGAUAUUGGAAGAAAAAAAAAAUCCCACAACUGCUAAUCAUUGAACACUGGAAACAAUGACUACUAUUCUCUUCCUCAUAUCAUUUUCUCUUUAGACGUCUGCUUUUCAAGACAAUUUUAAUACCUCAGUUACAUAAAUAAAAGUAGUUAAGUGCACCACGGGUAUGUCAACAUAGGUGUCUUAUUGUAUUUGUCAAAUUGAAAGUAGAGUUAGUGUUAAGUGCCAGUUAAGACUCAAGAAUUACGUUACAGCCAUCUGUUUCAUCUUGCCUACCGUUUAUAUUGCCUUUAAUCAUCAGUUCCUCACUCUAUGCUUUGUGAGAAAUAAGUGUAAAGGAUUACUGCCUUUUAAAAAUAUUCAGUUAUAUUAAUUUUAGUACAUUUGGAAAUAUAUAAUCUCUGCAGCUUUUGGUUAAAACACAAGUACUCAUGUUAUUCUAGAUGUAGACUUUUACAACAGUUUUCUUUCAAGAAGGUUUAGGAUUUUAAAAUAUUCUGCUAUAUAAUAUAGAUCCAUAUGGCUCACUGAUUUCACAGCUCUGUAGUUAGAAAGCAAUUUUGUUCCUGCGUUUUCCAAGUAUUUACAUAAAUAGACUGUAAAGUACAUUUGUCUCUUAAAAUAGCUUAUUACUCCUUAUUGCAGCCAAUCUUCCCUACUGAAAUCAGUGAUGAUACUUUUAGCUCAUGUCCUACUUGCCUGAAGAGAACUGCUCUGAGGUCUGAUUACCAGGUGUAAGAAGAUAUUGGAAAAAAAGAGAAAUUGCAAAGCAACUCUUAUUAAUCUUUAUGUAACUCUUCUUGUGCCCCUUGUUUCCACUUGCAAAAUUGCACAUUUCAUACCUUUUUUAACGGUGGUUUGGACCUAAUUUUAAAAUUUUUACAAUACAGAAAAUUUUUUAAAAUAUAACAAUUCUCAUUGUGGUUUUUAAACUUUUUAUAUAGUUUGAUACUGUACAGAUUAUUUAUUAAAUCAAAAUCUAGCACCUGUACAGCAGGCUUGUUUCAGUGUCCAUAUUAGCAGCUCUGAACAACAUGCAGUGGCUGCUGCAUACAUCGCAAUUUGCCAAAAAUACUUAAUAUGAAUUCCACAUUAGCCUACAUUUUAUUCCCUGGUUUGUUUGGGUUUAUUUUGGUAUUUUUGUUACAGGAAACCUUUCACUAAACAUGACCUACCAGCUUGCACUGGUCAUAUCCUUUAUUUACAAACAUAUGUAAAACCAUGUUUGUUGUGCUGACUGUAGUACACACAAAAAAAUAGUAUGAACUUAGCCACUGAAAAAUCUUGUCUUUAAAAUAAAAGAUGAACAACAGCUGUUAUCACAGAUUUUCAUUAGAAUGACAAAGAAAAAGAAUUAUUUUACAAAUGCUUAGAAUGUAAGAAGUUUAAAGAACAAAAAAAGAAAGGGGGAAUUGAAUAUCUUCAGCUCUUCCCAACUUCAAAAUUAACCAUGUCUGAUGUCUAGACAGAAUUUCAUCAGAAGCUCAUAGAUCAGACCCCUAAGGCUGUAUCCUGGUGUCUGUUUUUGUGCUGGUCCCAGAAUGUAUUUCAAUUUGAAAGAAUGAAAAUGGGCAUUAUUUUUAGAUGCACUUCAUGCAGAAAAUAAGUGUUAAAAAAAACCUAGUUAAUUUUUACUUGAAAAUUUUUGAGUAUUUAAUUAAAACAUUACUUGACAGAUUUCAUUUACCUCUCAUUGAUUUCAGUAAUAAAUAUCUCACCAUGACCUGUAUGAUACAGAAUGUUAUUUGUGACAGUCUAUUAGUUCCAGAUUCUUUCAACAAGUAAUAUGUAGUUUUACACAGGUCAUUUCUGUCCAUAUAACUCUUGUAAGUACUAGGUUUGCAUGAUUAAAUUUUCUUUUUAAGGUAUAUUUGUCCAUGUGAUAAAAAUAAUGUGAUCCCUAUUCUUUCCUAAGUUAUGUUGUCUUUGAACAGUAAAGCUGUAAAAAUAAAACAAAUGGCAAGCCUG